CACCUGUUUAGGGGCCGUGACCCCAGAAUCUCUCCUUGGGACACGUCCUGGCGGGGGAAGAGGUUCAGGAAGAUCCGAACACUGUGGGGAGUGCCCUCUCGGGGCCGGAGGAUUGGCCGCGGAGGCGAGGUCCGAGGAGCCGGGGUGAACCUGACCCCCGGCUGAAGCCGGCGCGCUUCCGGCCGAGGACACGGCGGCCGCCGCGUCCCUGGCGCUCGCAAGUUUCCUGCUGGCCGAGCGGCCGGAGCUUCAGGUAGCCGCGGCCGGGCCUGGUGGGCAGGCGUUGGGCAGGACAGACCUGCGCGGCGGCGGCGGCGGCGGCCCGCGCCCCUCUGCUGUCGGAUCCUCUCCUCUCUGCGCUGCGCCCAGCCGAGAUGCCGCGCCAGUUCCCCAAGCUGAACAUCUCCGAGGUGGACGAGCAAGUCCGGCUCCUGGCUGAGAAGGUGUUUGCCAAAGUGCUCCGAGAAGAGGACAGCAAAGAUGCCCUGUCCCUCUUCACCGUCCCCGAGGACUGCCCCAUUGGGCAGAAGGAGGCCAAGGAGAGGGAGCUGCAGAAGGAGCUGGCGGAGCAGAAGUCCGUGGAGACUGCGAAAAGAAAGAAAAGUUUUAAGAUGAUUCGGUCCCAGUCUCUGUCUCUGCAAAUGCCGACGCAGCAAGAUUGGAAGGGACCCCCAACAGCCAGUCCGGCCAUGUCUCCUGCAACCCCUGUGCUCCCCGGAAUCACUUCCCAGCCCACGCCUGCACUGUAUGCCAUGCCCGAGUUCCAGCGGGUCACCAUCAGCGGAGAUUACUGUGCUGGGAUCACUGUGGAGGACUAUGAGCAGGCUGCCAAGAGCCUGGCCAAGGCUCUGAUGAUCCGGGAGAAGUAUGCCCGGCUCGCCUACCACCGCUUUCCACGGACCACAGCCCAGUACCUGAGUCAUCGGCGAGCAGACGCUGCACCUCCAGAAGAGGGGCUCCCAGACUUCCACCCACCCCCGCUGCCCCAGGAAGACCCUUACUGCCUGGAUGAUGCUCCCCCGAACCUGGGCUACCUGGUCCGCAUGCAGGGGGGCAUCCUCUUUGUGUACGAUAACAAGAAGAUGCUGGAGCGCCAGGAGCCCCACAGCCUGCCCUACCCCGACCUGGAGACCUACACAGUGGACAUGAGCCACAUUCUGGCUCUCAUCACUGAUGGCCCCACGAAAACAUAUUGUCAUCGGCGACUGAACUUUCUGGAAUCCAAGUUCAGCCUUCACGAGAUGUUAAAUGAAAUGUCUGAGUUCAAAGAGUUGAAGAGUAACCCCCACCGAGACUUCUAUAAUGUGAGAAAGGUGGACACACACAUCCAUGCGGCUGCCUGCAUGAACCAGAAGCACCUGCUGCGCUUCAUCAAGCACACGUACCAGACGGAGCCCGACCGGACAGUGGCCGAGAAGCGGGGCCGGAAGAUCACCCUGCGGCAGGUGUUUGACAGCCUGCACAUGGACCCGUACGACCUCACUGUGGACUCGCUGGAUGUCCAUGCGGGCCGGCAGACGUUCCACCGCUUUGACAAGUUCAACUCCAAAUACAACCCAGUAGGGGCCAGUGAGCUGCGUGACCUGUAUUUGAAAACUGAAAACUACCUGGGAGGAGAGUACUUUGCUCGGAUGGUCAAGGAGGUGGCCCGGGAGCUGGAGGAGAGCAAGUACCAGUACUCAGAGCCGAGGCUCUCCAUCUAUGGCCGCAGCCCUGAGGAGUGGCCCAACCUGGCUCGCUGGUUCAUCCAACACAAGGUCUACUCCCCCAACAUGCGCUGGAUCAUUCAGGUGCCCCGGAUCUAUGACAUAUUUAGGUCAAAAAAACUGCUGCCAAGCUUUGGGAAGAUGCUGGAGAACAUCUUCCUGCCCCUUUUUGAGGCCACAAUCAACCCCCAAGAUCACCGAGAGCUUCACCUCUUCCUCAAAUAUGUGACAGGGUUUGACAGCGUGGACGAUGAGUCCAAGCACAGCGACCACAUGUUCUCCGACAAGAGCCCCAGCCCGGACAUCUGGACCAGCGAGCAGAACCCGCCCUACAGCUACUACCUGUAUUACAUGUACGCCAACAUCAUGGUGCUCAAUAACCUGCGCAGGGAACGGGGCCUGAGCACGUUCCUGUUCCGGCCUCACUGCGGGGAGGCCGGCUCCAUUACCCACCUGGUGUCUGCUUUCCUGACCGCCGACAACAUUUCCCAUGGGCUGCUCCUCAAGAAGAGUCCGGUGCUGCAGUAUCUCUACUACCUUGCUCAGAUCCCCAUCGCCAUGUCUCCACUUAGCAACAACAGCCUGUUCCUUGAAUAUUCCAAAAACCCUCUGAGGGAGUUCCUGCACAAGGGACUGCAUGUGUCCCUCUCCACUGAUGACCCCAUGCAGUUCCACUACACCAAGGAAGCACUGAUGGAAGAAUAUGCGAUUGCAGCUCAAGUGUGGAAGCUGAGCACAUGUGACCUGUGCGAGAUCGCCAGGAACAGCGUGCUGCAGAGCGGCCUCUCGCAUCAGGAAAAGCAAAAAUUUCUGGGACAAAAUUAUUAUAAAGAAGGCCCUGAAGGAAAUGAUAUUCGAAAGACAAAUGUGGCUCAGAUCCGGAUGGCGUUCCGAUAUGAGACCUUGUGCAAUGAGCUCAGCUUCUUGUCUGAUGCCAUGAAAUCGGAAGAGAUCACAGCCCUGACCUAAGAGGUCCAGCACUGGACAUGCAUUUUAACUUUUUGGUUUAAUUUCAAGUCUGCUGUGGUUAACAGUGGUCAAGAUACCAAACUAGGACUUUCCUCCAUCAAGAGGAUGAUGCCUCUGAAGAACUUUAAAAAACUAGUGAUUUUGGUUGCACUGUUCACUUUAAGGUCUAAUAUAUGCCCACUUGUAUUAAUAUUUUUGAGUAAAAGAUGGUGACUCCUCCUUGGGGAUCUUGGAGCUGGACACUUGUCUGUGCUCAUUCCUAAUUUUCCAAAUGUUUCUCUUGAAAGUGCUAUUGUUUGCAUUGUUGGAGCCAGGAUCUUACAUGGUCCAGUGCCCAGUGAUAGACAUGAGGUCUGAGGGGCGGUCUGCCAUAGUCCUCUCUGUAGGCCCUACAGGCUCGUUGGUAGUUGUUUGUUUCAGCCUCUGAUUGGCUGGCUGCCUUAAAACCUUCUACUUCAAAGCUCUUUUUCAUAAAGGAACCACUUGAAGAGAAUUAGAAAACAUUCUUUUUGAUUGUUUUUUAAAUGAAUUUUAAAACUGUUUUAUUUAGCCCUCCUCCCUUUCUAUUUAGGAAACCAAACGUUCACACUGAAACCAUCACUCCUAUUCCGCGUCUCAGUUUCCUCAUCUGAAAGGUGAGGGUUUAGACUAGGUGAGUGGUUGGUUUUCAAGUCCCCCCUCCUGGACCACUUCAGGGCAGGGAUGGACAGUGGCGGCGGAGGGAGGCUCCAGGGUUGCUGCUCUUAUUUCUUCAAGGUGACUCUGCUUUCAUCAGUUUUACAUUGGAGCUUCUACAUAUUUACAUUUGAACUAAGGACUGUGAAAAAAGCACAGGACUAGAUGAUUUCUAGUCCUUUUGGCUCCAAUAUUCUGGGAUUAUAGCCCAAUUAUUUUACUUAUGAAGACUUAGGGUCAGAGAAGUGAAAUUUGCUUAAGGCCACACAGCUCUAUUAAGUACUAGGACUAGAACUGGCUUUCCCUGAUCCUAAUCCAGUCCUUUCCCCACUAUUCCAUCAGGCCUCAGAAAUUUAAUUUUUUUUUUUUUUUUGUCUUUUUAGGGCUGCACCCACGGCAUAUGGAGGUUCCCAGGCCAGGAGUCUAAUUGGAGCUACAGCUGCCAGUCUCUGCCACAGCCACAGCAAUGCAGGAUGCGAGCUGCGUCUGUGAUCUACACCACGGCAAUGCUGGAUCCUUAACCCACGUGAGUGAGGCCAGGGAUUGAACCCGCAACCUCAUGGUUCCUAGUAGGAUUCCUUUCCACCACUGUGCCACGACUGGAACUCCAGAUUUUUUUUUUAACCAUUGUAACCUGGUGCAUUCUCCCCCCGCCCUGCCGGUGAAAUCUCCUUAACCAAUACACAGACUUCUCAGAAGAUCUAAGUGGUCUCAGGGGCCAGGUAGAAAGCAUUUUUAAAGGCCAGUGUGAAGUCAAGCUUUACCAAGGUACUCUUCGUGUGUGUUACUAGUGCCUGGUACAUAGUAGGUGCUCAAUAAACGUUAUUAAAUAACUGAA